AGUCCCAUUUGGGAGUCUUCGGGGGGCGAAGAAGAGAGAAGGAUGGGGGGCUCCGGCGCUGCGCCUUUGGCCUUUGGGGGGCUCCUGCUGGGGAUGCUGGUGGUCUCCGCUUCGGAGGGGCUGGGCGUGGAGGCGCCUCCAGAGCAUUUCCUGUUCCAGAAGAAGGGCGAGUGCCACUUCUCCAACGGGAAGCAGCGUGUCCACUUCCUACAAAGGGACUUCUUUGACCGGCAGGAGCUCUUCUACUUCGACAGCGACCGAGAGAAGUUCAUGGCGGUGGCUGAACUGGCGGAGUCCCAAGUCAAGAUAUGGAACCAGGACAAGGAUGCCCUGCGGGGUAUGAUGUCCAACGUGGAUGCCUGCCGGCUCAACUACGAGAUCUUCGAUCCCUUCUCCCAGGCCCGGCGUGUCCAGCCCCAGGUGAAGAUCACCCCCACAGACAACGAUGAAUCUUCACCACACAACACUCUGCUGAUUUGCACCGUGAACCGCUUCUUCCCUGCGGGGAUCGAGAUCAAGUGGUUCAGGAACGGGAAGGAGGAGCCCAAAGUGUGGACCACGGACCUCAUCCGGAACGGGGACUGGACCUUCCAUAUUGAGGACUCAUCAGUUAGACUUCGCUGCUCCAUCAGGAUCCUGGGAUGUGGAGAAGCUCUGUUCUUCCUGCCAGUUGCCCUCUGUCCAUGCUCAGAGGUGGAAACCUCCUUGGAAGGUGGAUGGAAGGAGUCACAGAUCAAGAACGACAGUGUCCACCCAUCCCCCACCUCUGUUGCUUGCGUGUCAUUUGGGGGAAGUUUCUUUUUGUGUUUCCCCUUCCGCUUGUUAUGGCAAGGUUGCAAGUUAUGGCAACCUGUUUCCUUCUUUGCACCUCUCUGCUAGAGAAUUUGUGCCUUGAAUCUCCAUGGAGGAGCCUGAGCUGUCCCUGAAAACAACCAUGAAUCUGGUCAGUCUGCCAGGACUGGUCCUUCAAGCUGUGAUGGAGAGCCUGAUCCUUGAGAUUCCUCAUGGCAGGAGGUUGGGCUAGAUGACCUUGGGGUCCCCUCCAAUUCUACGAUUCCAUACAAUGCUAAAUGGCCAAAUAUAUUUAUUGAAAGCUUCUCCCCACAGCCCUGUGACAUGGAGGAUGAGUCCCGUUUUCGGAGAGAGUCCCUGCUCCCCACCCUCACCCUGCUGACUUAAUCUCCUCAGGGAGUUUGUUAAUUUCUCUGUAAAUAUCCUGCUCUUUUGUGAUCUUAAGGAUCAGCCCUCUGACUGGGAUCCUCACCUGACCCACUUCAAGGCAGAAGCAGAUUUCACAGCCUUGAGAGUAUUUCCUCUGAGUCGCACCAGUGAAGAUUUUCUUCAGCUUC